UGCAACGAGCACUAAUGUCCAUAAGACUCUGAGAUGCUAAUGACAUUGGAGCGUUUUGAUUUACACAGAGCCAGCAGGGUCGCAAUCCGUGGGGGCGGAGGGACGUAGGACGCACGCUCAUGCUUUCCGAGAGGGGUCUGGCUGCAGACUCUGUAAGCUGUGGAGGGUAUUCUUGGUUUUCCCGAUCAGCGCUCACAUGGAGUUGGGCGUUCGGGAGCUCCGCUUCUGCUGCGUUGUGAUCUCAGGGUUUUCUCAUUUCGUCCAGUCUAUUUUUCCAUCGUCGUAUUAUGUCGUGUUACAUCGUAAUUGGCCUGCUGCUCUGUCAAAGUCUUUGGCAGCAUGGUGGUUUUAAAGUUCAGUGAUUCCUAUAUUUGAACCCAAGACGAUGGAGCUGUGAGGUGGCAACACUAAAAAAUGUCACCACCCCCACAUUGAUAUUUCUGUUGAAAUUGAAAUAAGAAGCUGGAAUGAUGCAACAGUGCUACAGUUCAGUGGUCUGAAGUAUUGUAUGACCUUCCAUAGGCCCAAGAAAGAGCAAGGAUUUGUGUACAGCCAAGAGGAUUAUGAGUGGGUGCUGUCCCUUCAUACAAGGAAAAGCAUGGAGAGUGUUAAAGAGGAGGUAAGCACAGAAGAGUCUUUCCAAAUUAAAGAGGAGGUUAAUGAUCUGGGGGCACCAUUCAUUAAAGAAGAGCUCCCUGAAAUAAAGGUUUGUGUUAACAUUAAACCAGAAGAGGUGCCCUUAGAUGAAAAGAGUCAUGAUCAGAAUAAAGAAAUCUCACCAAGGUCUUUGAAUUGUACUCAUCACACAUUUAAGGAAGAGUCUGACACUGGAAAAGAGGAUACCAAAAUCGACUCGAUCAAGGAGGACUUUAAAACAUGUGAAAGUGUUUCCAGUCAGCAAACUCCAUGGUGGCUGACAGAAGAUAUAAGGAAUUUCAAAAAGAGACGAAAUAUGAUGAAAGACCAGACAAAUCGGGAAAGGUCCAAACAGUACAUUUGUUGUGAAUGUGGAAAGACUUUUAUUUAUCUGUCUGGCCUGAAGCUUCACCAGAACAGUCAUACAGGAAACAAACCCCACAGUUGUACUGUGUGCGGGAAAAGCUUCACUCGAAUAUCUGCUCUUAAGUCGCACCAGAGAAUUCACACUGGAGAGAAACCGUAUAGCUGUGCUGAAUGUGGCAAAUGUUUCAGUCAUUCUUUUAGCCUUGCGUCACACCAGAGAACUCACAAUGGCGAGGAACGGUACAAAUGUGUAGAAUCUGGAAGACUUUUCAGUCCUACAUUUGACCUUGAUACAGACCAUAGGAUUCGCAUUUGUCGGUCUUUAAGUUCAACGUUAAGUGAGCCGAGCCCUGAAACAUGGAUGUCUCUGUAAAGGUAAACACACUCUGGGGACGAGAGGUCCUGUGAGCAUAAAAUGGUAAGAAGGGCAUCAGAUUAUCAAUAGGUGAAAAAUAGGCCAGUUGAAAAUGGCCAUAUACCUCUUUGCAGGUUUUGAGAUAUUGAGGACUAAAAACAUAUAGCAUGGCAAGAAAAACAGUGUUAAGUCCUAAAACAUGAAUAAUCUAAAAAUCACGACAAGUGAGGGAAGCGGCACUGACACCAGAGAGUGUAUCUGCUACAGACAAGUGAGAAAGUAUUCAGUUGAUCCCACUGGCUGUUACUGGAAAUGGAUGUACAUAAAUAGAAGAUCUCCAUAUAGGAAGACUUGUAUUGUGUGUGUGUGUGUGUAUUAUAUAUAUAUAUAUAUAUAUAUAUAUAUAU